UCAGACACAUCACAAACAAAAAACGCCGCUAAAACUCGAGCACUCAUUGGCCUACGUAAUUUUUCUUUGUCAUCUGUCACAUCGUCGUUGUAUUAAUUUGUAAUUGGUUUUUGCGAGGUGCAUUUUUUAUUUUUUAAUGCACGUCUUCCGUUUCUACAACAACAAUUGAUUUCGUGAUUUAAAACUACAAAAACUUAUGUUUGUAGUGUGCACUAGCUGUCAUUCCGCCGCUUAAAAAGCUUCCAAACAUUGCAGUUUUGAAAUGCAUUUUUGAAAAAGUGAUGUAAAUACCGAUAAUAUUAACUAUCAAUUAUGGAGCACAAAGAUCAAAGCAAAUACGGUUAUCUUCAUCCAUACAAAAAUUAUAACUUAAGGAGUAGAUAUGGUACGCAAAGAGCGGACAGUGUCAAUUCUAAAAGCCGUCAAGAACCGGUAGGAAGAAAACAUUUUGGAUUCAAGCAUCUGGAAGAGUUGAGCAAAAAAGAACCGUCGGAUAUUGUUUUGGUGAUAUGUAAUCAAUCCAACGGUUUCAUAGAUUUAUUUAAACAAAAUAAAGAYCCAGAUUGGUUGUUCCUGCUUAUGAAGAUCACUGCGAAGAUUUGUAACACCGAGUAUUUGGUGAGCAAGCAGUCCAUAUUAACUGAAAUAUGUUUGAACUCAGUAUUUAUUGAACAUUUGAAGUCAUAUAUUCUCACUACUCCCACUGAAGUAAACAAAAACAGGCAGCUGAAUUUAGAAGUGUUUUUUGAAAAUUGUUUAAUAGUCUGUCAGUCUAUUACAGACUUAUUUCUGAAAACCGCCGCUGAACGUUUAAGCAACCUAAUUAUUUGUAUAAGAAUGGUUCUGUACGACAUAAAACUCAACUGUCUUGAUCUUAAAAUAAAUGAUAUCAUGUUAUUGGACAAAAUAGCAAAAAUAUUACAACAAUUUACAAGCCUAAAAUCAGACAAUAAAACAAAAGAUGACAAUAAAAAUGAACUUCAAAACGCUACACCACCAGAGGAUUUUCGAGUACUAUCUGUUUAUCCUACUCCAUUUGACAUGAAUUACCAAAGACCUUUUUUACGUCCUAACAUUACAAAGGGAGCUUAUCAGAGUGUAGAACAUUAUUUAGACGUACAGUUUCGUCUUUUACGUGAAGAUUUUAUUGCACCGCUUCGUGAGGGGAUUAAGUGUUAUAAAGAAAAUAAUACAAAUCGUAACGAAAGACCGAAAAGAAUUAAUAAUAUUCGGAUAUAUCACAACGUUCGUUUUAACGUAGAAAAAAUAUUUGUACAAGAUAAAUUGGGAUAUUUAAUAAAUUUCAAUAAAAACAAUAAAUUGAAAAUCAACUGGGACAUUUCCAAACGAUUAAUGUAUGGGUCACUAUUGUUAUUUACUGUGAAUGAAUUCAAUGAUUUUUUUAUUGGUACUGUAUUGGGACGUGAUAAAAAAUAUUUGGAAAAUGGUCAAUUAAUUGUAGAAUUGAUUGGCGACAUACAGUCAGAUAUCAUUACAUCAUCGUUUACCAUGGUCGAGAGUGAAGUGUAUUUUGAACCAUAUAAAUGUGCCAUGCAAGUUCUUCAAAACUUAAACGGUAAUAAUUUUCCGAUGGAAAAAUAUAUUAUUUCAGCCGGUAAUAAAAUAGAAAAUCCUAAUUACUUAAAAUCUUUAUCUGUAAAAAUGUUCAAUUUCAAUGACGAGGAACCAUUUAAUGUUUUAAACGAUACUGAAUGGCCCACACGAGAAAAAUUAGGAUUAGACGAAAUGCAAUAUAAAGCCUUCAAAGCAGCGUUAACUAAUGAAUUUACGAUCAUACAAGGGCCACCUGGUACCGGGAAGACAUUUAUUGGGUUGAUGAUAAUCGAAACAUUUAUUAAAAAUUUGUACUGUUUGGAACAGUCAAAUAAAUUAAAAAAUCCAAUAAUAAUCGUAUGUUAUACUAAUCACGCCUUAGAUCAAUUUAUGGAAGGUAUAUUAAAAUUCACAAACAAUGUUGUUAGAAUUGGUGGCCAGACGAAAUCGAAUAUAGUAAAAGACUAUACGUUGAAGAAUGUAACAAAAACCUAUAGAAAAUCGUAUAAUAUAUUUAAAACCAUUAAGAGUGCAACUGAUGAAAUAAAAACUAUAGAACAUGAUAUAACGUAUCUAAAAAAUUGUAAAAAAUUCAUUUCUGAAAAUGCUGGUAUUUUAGAAUUAUCACUAUUGAAAAAUGGAAUGCCAAUAAUGCAUCAAAAUUUCUUUUCCAGUCCAAUGAAGUAUAUUUGUUGGCUAUUUUCUGAUCACGAUUAUUUUGAUUUUGAUCCGGUUGAAUUGAUUAUUGAGCAUUGUAACUCUGAAAAAACUUUAGCAGUUGAAAAUAUUAUUGAAAUAGAUGAUGAAAAUUUAUAUUAUGAAAACGAUGAUCCGGACAUGAUUUUUGAACGUCGUGAUAUUAUUAUUUACAGUCUUACUUUAAAAACUGUAAAAGAACUCUGUGAUAAAGCUAUUAACAUGCUAAAAGACUUAAAACCAAAAAGAAUGAAAUAUCGAUAUAACAAUCGCUAUUACUCUAAUAACAAUGAUUACAAUUUACGUUACCAAGAAUUAGAAAACAUUUGUUAUAGAAUGGAAAAAAUUCACAAUUAUAUCAAUCAAAUGUUAAACUUAGCUGAUAAUAAUAUUAAUUCAUAUUUCUGGAAUACGAUUCCGGAAGACCUUUUUAAACUAAGAAUGAGAAAUAGAUGGUUAUUAUAUUUUCACUGGGUGCAAACUACUAAAAAUAUGUUUGAUCCUAAAAUACUAAGUCUUGAAAAAAAAUAUUAUCAUCAACACAAACAAUAUUUAGAAUUAAAGGAAAUGGAAAAUAUUGAAAUCUUAAAGAAAAAGCAUAUUAUUGCAAUGACUACAACAGGAGCAUCUAAGCAUAGGGUAUUGCUUGAAGGACUGCAGUCUCCGAUUGUGGUUGUUGAAGAAGCAGCUGAAGUAUUGGAGGCACACAUCAUCGCAUCUUUGACUAGACAUUGUCAACAUUUAAUACUUAUAGGUGAUCACAAACAAUUACGUCCUAGUACUGCAGUCUAUAAACUGGCUAAAGAAUUCCACUUCGACAUUUCCUUGUUUGAACGUAUGGUAAAUAAUGACGUGCCAUACUACGCAUUAGCCGAACAGCAUAGAAUGCGACCAGAAGUGUCGUCUUUGAUAACACCAGUAAUUUAUCCCAACCUGUUAAACCACAUUUCAGUACUCAACAGACCACAUAUACGUGGUGUCACCAAAGACAUAUUUUUCCUCAACCAUACUAACUUUGAAACUGAGGUCGAGGAAAUAUCAAGCAAGAGUAAUGACCACGAAGCGUCAUUUUUAAUUAUGUUUGCUAGGCAUUUAAUACUACAAGACUACAGGCCCGAACAAGUGACAAUUUUGACUACCUAUAGCGGUCAAAUGUUUAAAUUGCGUUCAUUACAAAAAAAAUAUUCAAAUUUAGAUGGUAUGAAAAUUCAAGUAGUUGAUAACUAUCAAGGUGAAGAAAAUGAUAUUAUAUUGCUGUCGUUAGUGAGAAGUAAUGAAAGCGGUAAUGUGGGUUUUUUGAAAAUCGAAAAUCGAAUAUGUGUAGCUCUAUCUAGAGCGAAGAAUGGUUUAUACAUAAUAGGAAAUAUGGAAAAUCUAUACAACUCGGGUAAUUUAUGGAAAGAAAUAAAACAAAAAUUUGUCGAUCAAGAUUCGUUUGGCAAUGAAUUAACUUUGAAAUGUGAAGUUCAUCGUGAUGCUUUAACWAAAGUUUCAAAAUGUGAGGAUUUUAAUCCAAUUUUAGAAGGUGGGUGUUCCAUGAUUUGCAAUGAUUUGAUGAAAUGUGGUCAUUACUGUUCAAGCAUAUGUCAUGUCUAUGAUCGCGAACAUAAAACUUUCAUAAAAUGCCAACAACCAUGUAAUAGGGCUUGUGAAAAUAACCAUCCUUGUGAGAAAAAGUGUGCUGAAAACUGCGGACAAUGUAUGGUAUAUAUGGUUAAGCCAUUACCGUGUGGUCAUGAAACCUCACUGCCUUGUUAUGUUGACCCUAAACAAUUCAAAUGCAUGGAAGAGGUGGAGUUUUUGUUGGAAACGUGUGGGCAUAAAACAAUCAAAAAGUGUUACGAUAAGCAACCUAAAUGUAAAGAUAAAUGUAUUUAUCGAUUACAAUGUGGACAUUCCUGUGUGCUUAAUUGUCACAAGGAUAACGACCCGACACACGAAAAAUAUACAUGCUUUAAACCAUGUUCAAAACUGAAUAAAAAUUGUUCUCAAAAUCACAAAUGUCUGAAAAAAUGUUACGAAGAAUGUUCAAAUUGUGUAGUAAAGGUUGACAAAUUAUUGGAAUGUGGACAUUUAAAAAAGCUUGUAAACUGUAGCGAUGACAUAAAAAAUAUCCAGUGCUCGAAACACCUCCCGUGUAAUCGCAUAUUAGAAUGUGGUCACAAAUGUCGACUAAUGUGCUAUGAGAAAUGCAAGGAAUGCAAAGUUAUYAUCACAAAAACACACCCGGAAUGUGGACAUAAGAGUAAAAUAGAAUGCCAAAUAAAUCCUGAAAGAAAUGUCAUCUGCUCUAAAAAAUGCACGCGUACAAUGAGUUGUGGACAUAAAUGCAAAUACAGAUGUGGAAAUGAUUGUGAUCCCAAAAAAUGUAAAGAACUGGUAUUGAAAGAGGGAAAGCUCGCAUGCGGUCACAGUAAGAUGUGGGUUUAUUGUAGCGACGUAGAUAAAGAAUUUGAUAGUAGCAGUCAGUAUGUCCUCGACAAAUGCAAUGAGCCUUGUUUGAAAAUGUUAUCAUGUGGUGAUUUGUGUUCUGGUACUUGUGGAAAAUGUAAGCAGGGGCGACUGCACGUACCGUGCAAAGAAAUGUGUAACAAAAUUAAUCCUUGCAAUCACACAUGCAAUUAUCCAUGCAAAAAAGCGUGUCCUCCGUGCGAAAAAAAAUGUGCUUACACUUGUACACAUUCUGAAUGUCCACUUCCGUGUAGUGUUCCGUGCGUACCAUGCCAGGAACCGUGUGUUUGGAAAUGUAAACAUUUUAAGUGCACCAAAGUAUGCAGCGACGAUUGUGAUCGGCCGCCUUGCUACGAACCGUGUCCUAAAAAAUUGAAAUGCAAACACAAGUGCAUUGGAUUUUGUGGUGAAACAUGUCCUCCUCUUUGUCGCGUAUGCAAUAAGGCGGAAGUAACAAAUAUUCUAUUUGGUCACGAAGACGAACCAGAUGCAAGGUUCGUUUAUCUGGAAGACUGUAAACACACGGUUGAGUCCAAAGGUCUGGAACAGUGGAUUAAUCAGAACAGCGAAGAGAUAGCCCUUAAACAGUGUCCUGUGUGCAAGAUGUCCAUUCUGAAAACGCUUAGGUUCAAGAACCACGUGAAAGCUGUGCAGAAGGACAUCUGUGAGAUCGUGACCAAACUCAGCGGCAACCGCGAUCUGUUAGCCAUCAGCGAGAAGAAGGAGGCCCUCAAGCUGUUAGUGAAGACAUUGAACCAUUCCUUCAAGGACGUCGAAAAGACGAGCGAGCGGUUCGCGGACGUGAAAAAACUAUGGGACCGCUCGUCGGAGCAACUGUUGCAGCGCAUGCGCAGGAUCGUGUUGGGCGCCGAGCCCACCAUCGACCUCGACUCGUGGACGUCCACCGUCCAACUCGCCGAAUCGUUCUUUGCAUACGAGAAGCGCAUCCGGGAUUUGGCUGUCGGCGGCGCGAAGGACGCUGUGGUCGGCCACUUUGUCUGGCUGCUGACCGCGAUAGUCGUGUAUGCGGGCCGUCUGUCCAGGCAGCAGGCGGCCGACAUCAACACGGAAAUGAUCCGCGGCGCCAGGCUAGUGGACCUGGCCGAGGUGAAGACCAACGCCGACUAUAUGCGAUUGCAUGCCCCAUCGUCGUCCAUAGAUUUGGUGAUGAGCGUGGAUGCCUUGUUGACGGCUGCCAAGCCAUAUGAUCAGGACACGGACGACGAGGUGGAACGACUCUACGGUCAGGUGCGGGAGGCCAUUAAGAAUCUGAAGGCAGCGAACGCCGCCGAUCGGAAGAUGAUUCACAAGGCAAUGGCGGUGAGCUUCCACGGAAGGGCUCAAGGCCACUGGCUCAAGUGCGUCAAUGGCCACAUCUACUGCGUGACCGAGUGCGGUGGACCAAUGGUGCAGGCCAAGUGUCCGGAAUGCAACGUGGACAUCGGUGGCGUCAACCACAGAUACGUCGAGGGCACGACGGUGGCAACGGAAAUGGAUGGCUCUACACAUGUAGCAUGGAGCGAGGCCAACAACAUGAACAAUUUUGUUUUGAACUGAUCACACGAACGUUUUUUUUUUUUUUUUAUUGUAUAUUUCGACAAGCGUCUGGCUUCUGGCGCUCUUUAUUAAAUACCGAGAAAACGUACAUCGGCAUUGCUGCUCCUAAAUUGCCUAUCCAUAAUACCGUGUUAUAUUUUUAAUAUUAUUACGUCGGCGCUACAACUAUGUCAAUUAUAAUAAUAUAUCUCUAUUAAGGUGUCUUAAUGUGUUAUAUGUAAUAUGUAUAGAAAUGCAUAAUAUCAUUUAUAAAU